UCCAACAGUAAUCUAUUUUUACUUUAGGAACGCGAUAAGUUUUUCCUGAUGAUGUUGCAUAUACACAUUCAACUAUUUUUCCUCUCUAAAACACUUGCAGGUUCUACUGGAGAUAGUGGAAGUCAGAGGACUACCUCAAAGGCAUGGAGAUAAAUUCUUCAUCAACUUCAGUCAGAGAAACAAAAAUAAUCUUAACAAUAUAACAGAGAAAAAUCUCAGUAUUUCUUCAGUCUCAGAAAAAACAGGUGAUAAGUUUCCAAUCCGAACCAACCUCAGAGCUUCUCUUUGAAAUGAUGUACAAGUCAAGUACUACAAACUACAUGAAUUCUGCCAAAAUUAUAGGCACUACUACAAUCUCCCUAGUAGAUGUUGUGAAUGUCGGGCAAGAACUCUCAGUUGACCGAUGGUUUGAGUUGCUCCCAUCCUUGGAAACUAAAGGCACAAAUCAGCCUAUAAGUCUACGGAUUUCUCUCUCGUUCACUCCUCCUGCUAGUGCUCCGUAUGUGCUCCAUAUGGUUCCUUCAGGUGGUGUCAAAAAUCAUACUUCUGUACUAGAUGAUGCUGGUAACCCAGUCAAAAAUCAUACUUCUGUUCUAGAUGAGGCUGGUAACCCAGUUAUUGGAGUUUAUAUGAGGUGACCAUGACAGAGUUUA